AAUCUGUCUCUUGAAACCUGUAAGAGAGAGAGAACAAACACACAGUUAAGUGAAGCUUAAAAAAGGAAGAGAAAAGUUUAUUUCUUUUCGAGUUUUGCUCUUACUCUCUCUCUUUGUGGGCUAAAAAGGAAAGCAGUGAAAAUUAAAAAAAAAUCGGAUUUUCAUAUUUUUUGUUUUUGGUUUGCCUUUUUGAAGCUGAAUUAGUGAGAGAGAAGGGUAAAGAAAGAAAGACAGAAAGAAAGAUCAGGGCUACCUUGCUUGCUUUUGGGACUGUGAUUGUAUUAUAGAGGGUAAUUUAGAGGAUAAUGGUGGAUUUAUAAUAAGAUUUUAGAAUAAAGUUAGGGCUUUUCUUUUGGGGUGUUCUUUUUUUUUUUUUUUUCUCAUAAAUAUAGUUAAAAAAUAUUUCUGGGUUUGUUUUUCUUGUUCUUGUGUUUCAUUUUUUUUUUUGCUAGGUGAUGGUGAGGUGGGUUUUGGUGUGUUGUUGUUUGGAUCUGAGGAGUUUAAGAGGCUAAAUUUUUAAAGGAGUGAAGUGGGUGUUUUUUUCGUUUGGGUGAUGGAGAGGAAAGUUGGAGUCCUGGGUUUUAUUUGGUUGAUCUUGUCGUUGCUGCAUCCAUUAUUAUGGCAGUUGGUUUUGGGUAAUAUGGAAGGUGAUGCAUUGCACAGCCUGCGAAGCAACUUGAUUGAUCCUAACAAUGUCCUACAAAGUUGGGAUCCUACUCUUGUCAACCCUUGCACCUGGUUUCACGUCACAUGCAACAAUGACAAUAGUGUUAUAAGAGUUGAUCUUGGAAAUGCUGCUUUGUCUGGUCAGCUUGUUCCACAGCUUGGCCUGCUAAAAAACUUGCAGUACCUGGAGCUCUACAGUAAUAACAUAAGCGGACCAAUUCCUAGUGAUCUUGGGAAUCUGACUAGCUUGGUCAGCUUGGAUCUUUACUUAAAUAGUUUUACUGGCCCCAUCCCAGAAAGUUUGGGAAAGCUGUCAAAAUUACGGUUCCUUCGGCUUAACAACAACACCUUGACCGGUCGCAUUCCUAUGUCAUUGACUAAUAUUUCAUCACUACAAGUAUUGGAUCUAUCAAACAACCAUCUCUCUGGAGUUGUUCCAGAUAAUGGAUCAUUCUCACUGUUCACUCCCAUUAGUUUUGCUAACAAUUUGGAUCUUUGUGGCCCGGUUACUGGGCAUCCCUGCCCAGGGUCUCCUCCAUUUUCACCUCCUCCUCCAUUUGUUCCCCCACCCCCCAUUUCUGCACCAGGAGGGAAUAGUGCAACUGGAGCUAUUGCUGGAGGAGUAGCUGCUGGUGCAGCCUUACUAUUUGCUGCACCUGCAUUAGCAUUUGCUUGGUGGCGUCGUCGAAAACCUCAAGAAUUCUUCUUUGAUGUACCUGCCGAGGAGGAUCCUGAAGUUCAUUUGGGACAGCUUAAAAGGUUUUCACUGCGAGAAUUACAAGUUGCAACAGAUAGCUUCAGCAACAAAAACAUUCUUGGUAGAGGAGGAUUUGGUAAGGUUUACAAAGGGCGGCUAGCAGAUGGCACACUGGUAGCUGUCAAAAGACUCAAAGAAGAGCGUACACCUGGAGGGGAGCUACAAUUUCAAACAGAAGUAGAGAUGAUUAGCAUGGCCGUGCAUCGCAAUCUCCUCAGGUUGCGUGGGUUUUGCAUGACGCCAACUGAACGGCUGCUUGUUUAUCCCUACAUGGCAAAUGGAAGUGUUGCAUCAUGUUUAAGAGAACGCCCACCAUCCCAACCUCCUCUUGAUUGGCCAACGCGGAAACGAAUUGCACUGGGAUCUGCGAGGGGAUUAUCUUAUUUGCAUGAUCAUUGUGACCCAAAAAUUAUUCAUCGUGAUGUUAAAGCUGCAAAUAUUUUGUUGGAUGAGGAAUUUGAGGCUGUUGUUGGGGACUUUGGGUUGGCCAAAUUGAUGGAUUACAAGGAUACUCAUGUCACCACUGCUGUCCGUGGUACAAUCGGGCAUAUAGCUCCAGAAUACCUCUCUACUGGAAAAUCAUCUGAAAAAACUGAUGUUUUUGGGUACGGAAUCAUGCUUCUGGAGCUAAUUACUGGACAAAGGGCUUUUGACCUUGCUCGGCUCGCAAAUGACGAUGAUGUCAUGUUACUUGAUUGGGUAAAAGGACUUCUGAAAGAGAAAAAGUUAGAAAUGCUGGUUGAUCCUGAUCUCCAGAGCAAAUAUGUAGAAGCAGAGGUAGAGCAGCUAAUCCAGGUAGCAUUGCUCUGUACACAAGGCUCCCCGAUGGACCGACCUAAAAUGUCAGAAGUAGUUAGAAUGCUUGAAGGCGAUGGUUUGGCAGAAAGAUGGGAUGAGUGGCAAAAGGUGGAAGUUCUCCGGCAGGAGAUUGACCUAGCCCCUCAUCCUAAUUCUGACUGGAUUGUAGACUCAACAGAAAAUCUGCAUGCAGUCGAGUUAUCUGGUCCAAGGUGACCCUGGCACAGUUACAAGUAAAGAGGAGAAAAUACUCACUACCUUUUUUUUUUUAGUCAUAAUUUUACCACCUUCUUUUUUUCCCUUUCCCUUCCUGAUUUGGUGAAGAUAUUCCUGAUUUAAGCCUCUCCUGUAAGUCCAUUCUGCAUUGUAUUCAUUACAUUUGUGCAUAUGAGUCAGAGUUGUUGAGGUGCAAUUUGUGUCAUCUGCUGCCACAGUGAAUCUGAUGUUUUUAUUUUUUUAUUCCAUGAAUGUGGCCUAAGGCGGUUGUUUUCAUCUUUUGCUCACAGCAAAUAUAUGCUUCUUUCUAGUUUAAUUUA